CACAAAGUAUAGCAUUAAACUAAACAGAGACGCGAGACGUGCACGCGACUCUCAACAAUGCCAACAUCAUCCAUCAACCGCAUAAGACACGACUCGAUGCAGAGCGCAUCCAGUCUAGGUUGGCCAAGGCCACCAAGCCCCACAUUCUCGACCACGACUACAGGCUCAAAGGUCAACCUCGCCGACUCGCACACGCUCAUCUCGCGCAAAGACCUGCGCGCGUCCAUCGCGUGCUUUGAAGAUCUCAUGGCCGCGGCCAAAGCGUACCGCAAUGCCCUGCUCGCCAUGUCUGGCGCGACGGCCGCGUUUGCCAGCGCGAUGGAGGCGUGCUCGAGGGUCAAGGGAUGUCGUGGUGCCAAUGCUGCUCUGGCAGGAGGCGCUGGCCUGCAGUUCCUUAUCUCGAACCACGAACAGAUCCUCGCGGACACGGUGUAUCGCCAGUUUGAGAUCCCCCUGCUCGAGGCCCUAGACAAUUACAAGCUCAUCACGGCUGAUCGCCUCGCGGCGUACGAGAAGGCGCUGCACCAGCAGAGCGACAAGAUCCGGCGCACCGAAGCCGACAACAUGAAGAUUGGGCGCAGGCGCAAGCGUGACCUCAACCAGUUCAGGCAGGCGCUGGCCGACCUCCAGCGCCAGGUCGACGAGCUCGACGCCAUCAAGCUCAACUACCACGAGGAGGUGCUCGAGUCGGAGGAGGAGGCGUGGGACACGGUGCUGGGCAAAGUCGCGUUUGUGAUCCGCUCCCAGCUCGACUUCUACGAGAAGAUUGCCGGCAAGGCGAGCGACCCGAUCCUCGAGCCGCUGGUCAUGAGCAUUCCCGACCCCUUCGAUGCGUACGGACCGCCCAAGGAGGAGGGGCAGAUCUUUAGUGUGCUUUCCCCACUAGGACUCGACUCGGGCGCCACUCCCCCGACGCCGAACCUGACGAGAAUCUCGCACCCCAGCUCGUCAUCGUCCACGCCCCGCAACGCCUCCCCGUCCAAACUCACCGGCUUUUCGACACUGGCGCAGGCGCAGACGUCGGCCGUCGCGGCCGUCGCAGAGCGUGGCCUAUGGGACGAGUCGUCAAACGGUCGUGCCCGGAGAGAAUUGACCGUGAUCGAGGAGCGCGACCCGAUUUCGUCCAGCCCGGCGAAGAGCACCGACGCGUUGUCGCAAUUGUCACAGGCUGAGACGUUGAAGGCGGACACGCUCAAGGCGAAGGAGGAGGCCGCUUCCGCCUCUGCCGCUGUGCCGUUCCCUGCGACGUCGAGCACCACCACUAGCGAUGACCACGACGGCGAUGGCGACAACCACGACCAGCCAACGGUAGACGAGGGAUCAGCCAGAGGCUCGCAGCCCCCCGAGUCGACAAGCGGUUCACCUCCACGCCUUGACACGACAACGGCCCACGUCGAGGUGACAGCCUGACGCUUCCCCCUGGUGCAGCCAGCAUCAACAGCAUAACUACCCCACCGCGCACGCUCAACCGCGCACCUCUCCCAGCAUUCUCAUUGUACCUGCUCAUCCGGACCCGGGCUCUUUUCUCUUUCUCUUCUCGUUGUUCUAUCGAUCCCAUUGUAGCGUUGAUCGCCGUCGUCCAUAUGCAU